AUGGCUUCCCCAUCUGUCUCUGCAAUUCUGGAUGGAAUUGCCAAUUCACGCGUGGCAUUGGACAAUAAUGAAGCCGCGUCAAGAGAAAUUCUGAUUGAUCAAAGCCGCGCGCUGAUUUCAGCUUUGGAAAUCCCAAGCGAGUUCGUUCAGCGCACCUUCUGGGCAGAGCCAGCUCAAAGUGCUAUUAUCCGUCUCGCCGUCGAUGUUAAGCUUUUCCAAUACCUCAAGGAAGCGGGAGAUGCGGGACUCACCCCGUCAGUAUUUUCCCAGAAGACCCAGAUUGACAGUACUCUCCUACAACGUCUAACGAGACAUCUUGUGGCAAUGAACCUCGUGUCAUUCCACGACGGAGCGUUAUACGCCACAAAGCUAAGCAACAGCCUCACAGCAGAGAACUAUCAACACAGCAUCAGCUUCUGCUAUGAUGUCGCACGCCCUUCAUUUAAUGGGUUUCCGGAAUAUUUCAAGAAGUCAGAAUAUAAUUCUCCUACUCUUGGUGGAACUGACGGCCCGUUUCAAGAGGCGCAUAAAACCAACCUCCCGUUCUUUGAAUGGCUUGUCGCGACACCACCGCAUCUCCAUCAUUUUGGCUCUUUUAUGAGUGCUUACCGCGUGGGUAAGCCAAAUUGGCAUGAGUUCUACCCUGUGACUGAGCGAUUAACUACGGGCUUCGAUGCUUCUAUUAGCGAUGUUCUUCUCUUCGACGUUGGUGGUGGAAAUGGUCAUGAUGUGGCUACCUUUGCUGCGCAGAAUAGCCCUUGCUCGGGUAGGAUUGUGCUCCAGGACCGAGAACCUGUCAUCGCUGGUGUGGUGGCCAAUGGUAUGGAGCGAGCUUUUGAAGCGCAAGCUCACGACUUUUUUACGCCACAGCCUAUCAAGGAUGCCCGCGCAUACUCUCUUCAUUCUAUUCUCCACGAUUGGAGUGAUGAAGAUGGCGUCAAGAUCCUGGAGAAUCUUGUUCCGGCUUUAAAGAAGGGUUAUUCACGGGUCCUGUUCAACGAGAUUGUGAUUAGUGAAGCAAAACCUACACUUGCUGCGACUAAUAUGGAUAUGAUGAUGUUAGCGCAUUUUGCUGUGAGAGAAAGAACAGAGGCUGAUUGGAGAGACAUACUUGCCCAAGUUGGAUUGAAGGUGGUCAAUAUCUACACAUAUCCGGGCGUUGCGGAGAGUUUGAUUGAGGCAGAACUGGCCUGA